AUGGAUGGAUUUUUAAUGGAUGCUAAUGAUUCGGAAGAUCCUACUAAUAAUAACAAUGGUGAUUCUGAAUUAAAUGAUUUGGAUAUUGGAGUAUUGGAGGCCAAUCAAUCACCUUCAAAUGAUUUACAAUUGGAUGAUCAGAACGAUUUUGAUCUUUUUAUGGAUAACCCUGAUUUAAGUAAUAAUACUAAUAAUAUUGGUGAUAGUAAUGCAGAAGAGCAACUUGGUAAUAAUGACAAUGAUCUUUUAAGUCAAUCGAUGAUAAAUGACGAUUCUAACAUAUUUUUAAAUGAUCAAAAUGAUUCAUUGUUUGACAAUUCGAAUGACCCAGAUAUCGAAUUAGCCAUUAACGAUUCAAAUAUAAAUGAAGAUAAAGAGGACAAUAUGGAUAUAAUAAAGGAUAUUAAAGAUGAUAUAUCAAAAGAAAAUACCAAGAGUGAUACAAAUGAAGAAUCGGGUGAUGGUGCUGGUGAUGAUGAUGAAGAUGACGAAGAUUUAUUUGGGGAAAACGAUGCUGAAGGAGAAAAUAAUGGCGAAGGAGAAAAUGCUGUUGAAGAAGAAAAUAGUAAUUUCGCCAAUACUAAUGAAACUACUACUGAGACAGAACUUGUAAAUAAACCAAUUGAAAAGAUAAGUUUGAAAGACACUGAUAGACCCAAUGUAGACAUUGGAGCAUAUUCUCAAGUGAAUGAAAAUAUAAAAUCUAAUGAAGUUGAUAAACUUAAUGUAGGUUCCGACCUUGGAAAAGAUGAUAAACCUAAGGAAGAUUUGAAACCUGAUACAGGUGCAAGCCAUGAAGAAGAGUCUAAGCCUAAAGUUGACACAACACUUGAAAAAAAUCUUGAUCCUAAUGAAAUAAACAAAACAAAUAAUGAAUCUGAUGUAAAUAUGGAAGCUACAAACGAAGCUGAUACAAAUAAAAAUGGAGUAGCAACUUUAGCCGAUAAACCAAAUAAGAUCACUAAUACUGAAAUUACUGAAACUACUGAAACUACUGGUAAAGAUAAUAUAAUAACUAAAGAGCAAACGAAUGAAGAACAAAAGAAUGAAGAACAAAAGGAUGAAGAACAAAAGGAUGAAGAACAAAAGGAUGAAGAACAAAAGAAUAACGAACAGAAAAAUGAAAAUUCAAAUGUGAAUACUUCAACUCAAGAAACCAUAAAAUCUGAUACUAAUGCUACGUUACCACCUGUAGAACGAACCACGAUUGACCAAACUUCAAAUGGCCAAAACACUACCGAUCAAAACUCAAACACUCAAGCCGUAAAUAAUGAAAAUACAAUCGAUAGAAGUACAGUUGCUAUGAAAGCCCCCAAGCCAUCUGAAACGAAUGAUAAUAAAAGUGAUACAGUGGAUGAAGACGAAGAAGAUGAGGAUGAUGAGGAUGAAGAUAUAAGGAUGGAAGAUGCUGAUGAUGAUAAUGAUAGCAAAGUUGACAUGGAAAAAGAUACUAAAGAAGUGAAAGAGGAAGAAGAAGAAGACCAGAAUUUUCUUUCUAUACCACAAACACAUGAAAUUAUUAUCCCUAGUUAUGCAGGCUGGUUUAAUCUUAAAAAGAUCCAUCCAAUUGAAAAACAGUCAUUGCCUGAAUUUUUCACGAAUCGAAUUGCAUCUAAAUCUCCACAAGUAUACAUCAAAUAUCGUAAUUUCAUGGUUAAUUCGUAUCGAUUAAAUCCUAAUGAAUAUAUUAGUUUAACGGCAGUACGAAGAAAUCUUUGUGGUGAUUCUGGAGCAUUAUUCCGUAUUCAUCGAUUUUUAAUAAAAUGGGGGUUAAUCAAUUAUCAAAUCAAGACUGAGAAAUUACCUCAAAGUAUUGAACCACCGUUAACAGGAGAAUACUCGACAAGACAUGAUGCACCAAGAGGGCUUUUCCCCUUUGAAAGUUAUAAACCAAGUGUUCAAUUACCUGAUAUUGCUAAAUUAAAAAAAAUGAUGGACUUGGAUGAUCAAUCUACUACUUUAUCUCAAUAUUUACAAAAGACAAUUUCUAAAAACAUGGAGGGGACAAAUAAAAAAAGAACUCGUGAUGAGAGUGAAAAGCCUGUGGGGAACUCAGAGGAUAAAUCAAAAGAGAAGUCAGAAGAAAAACAAGAAGAAAAAACAGAAGUACACAUCAAGAAACAAGAUAAUGUAAACAGCAAUGAACCAGAAAACCCAUCGAAAAAAAGACCUAAGAUUCUUUCUAGUAUAAUUGAUGAAUAUAAUGGUAUCGGUAAUGAAAAAAAAUGGACCAAAGAAGAAUUAAAACGUCUCUUGCGAGGAAUUCAUGAAUAUGAAACAGAUUGGUAUAAAAUCGCCAAGCAUGUUGGGAAUAAGACUCCCGAGGAAUGUAUACUAAGAUUUUUACAAUUACCUAUUGAAGAUUCGUACUUGUAUUCUGAUCAAGGAACAAAUGAUAUUGGACCAUUAAAAUAUGCACCACAUCUGCCGUUUUCCAAGAGUGAAAACCCUGUACUAUCAACUAUUGCGUUUCUAGUAGGAUUGGUUAACCCUAGAAUCGUACAAAGCAUGACUCAACGAGCCCUUCGACAGAUUGAUGAAGAGGAUGCUAAAGAUUGGAAUAUGAAAGAAACGAUAGAUAAACUAAAUGACAGCAAUGCAAGUACUACGAAGGACGAUAAGAAGGAUGAAUCAGAGGCCAAGUCAAAGGUCGACAAAGAUAAUAAAGAUGCUAAUAAUGGUCAUAAUGAUGAUUGUAGUGAUAAUAAUAAUGAUAAUAAUGGGAAGGAUACAUCACGUGAUAGUAUAAAUGAUACGAAAACUGGCAUGCCAGAUGCCACGAGCAACACAAAAGCAGGUAGCGACGCAAAAGUGAACGACACAAAAGACGAUAAUUCGAAAACGGACGACGCGAAAAAUAACGGCACGAAAAAUGGUGACACGAAAAACAGCGAUACGAAAAGCAUUGACACGAAAAAUAAUGACGAAAAAGAAUUCGCAAAACCCAUUCCUCCUGCCUCACUUCAAGAAGCUGCAUCUAUUGCUUUAGGAAGUGUUGGUGUGCGUAGUGGGAUCUGCACUCGUCAUGAACGCGAAGGCCUUACUGCAAUUGGUAGUCAAAUGGUUGCUGCCGAGUUAACCAAAGUACGUCUCAAAUUGCAAUUACUAUCGACUAUAGAACGUGCUGCAGAAUUAGACCGUAAGAACCUACAACAUCAACAUGAACAAUUAUUGGUGGCUCGUCUUGGUCUACAAGCUGCUGGUCAACGUGUAGUACGCACACUACGCGCUGUUGUUCGUGACGUGCGCGAUGCCACAAGUUCUAUCGAUACACCAAUUGCUUCUACCACUACCAGCUCAGCUACAUUUCAACUUGCUGAUGCUGAUGCAAGGCUAGAUGCUGCCGAACAAUUACUGAUACGUCCCGCUAUUGUCAGCCUAGGCACCGGUACGUCACGUGCUGCAGACGAUACAGGCUCGGCGGCUACAGCUAGUAGUGCAGCCACAACCACAACUACAGCAUCGGCUGGUCCACCUCCUGUUUCACUGGCUGCACCUCAGUUGUACCAUUAUUGGUCAGGCUGA